UCUCUCUCUGCUGCUACUACCUUCAAGGAAAACCCUAACACUCUCACUCCUUACUCUAGCACUGUUCCCUCACUAGGAUCUCGUACUUUGAUCUCUCUCUGGCAUUUAAUGGUGACCGUUGGAUCUCCGAUCAUGGCAAUGUGAAUGCGGUACGGCACUCUCUUUGCUUGAUCCUACCUGUGAUCGUCACCGGUGAUUCUGCGAUUUUGUCAUUUCAUCUUCUGGUGCCAGAGUCCCUGAUUCGGUGUGUUUUAACUUCUGGUGACUCUUUGCGUGCUGUUUUUGGUUUGGACUGUAUGCGAGUUGGAGCCAUCCGGAUCCAAGUGACACUGGUACAUUUCGUGACUUGCGUUGAAUUCUGAAAAUAGCUGGUUUCGUUUGAGUAAUUGCUUCAACUUUAGAAAUAAAUUGUUUGCAUGGUGAAACAGAUCUUAUGAUCCAUUGCAAUUGAUGCUAGUGAACAUGGGGUUGUCAGACUUCCAGUGCGUCCUUAUAAUUUUAUCAUCUCUUUUGGCUGCUGCAAAGGCCGAGAUUUAUGUAGUAACUAUUGAAGGUGAACCUGUCAUAAGUUACACCGGAGGUCUUGAUGGGUUUGAAGCCAUUGCUGUGGAAUCUGAUGAGAAGAUUGACACCACAAGUGAAUUGGUAACUUCUUAUGCUCAUCACCUUGAGAGUAAACAUGAUAUGCUUCUUGGGAUGCUGUUUGAACGGGGAACCUACAAGAAACUUUACAGUUAUAGUCAUCUUAUAAAUGGGUUUGCUGUUCAUAUUUCCCCUGAACAGGCAGAAACCCUUAGACGUGCUCCUGGAGUGAAAUCUGUAGAGAGAGACUGGAAAGUGAAGAGACUUACAAUACAUACGCCACAAUUUUUGGGGCUUCCAACAGAGGUAUGGCCAACAGGAGGUGGCUUUGACAGGGCCGGAGAAGAUAUUGUGAUUGGAUUUGUAGACUCUGGAAUCUAUCCACACCAUCCAAGCUUUGCCAGUCGCAACACCGAACCAUAUGGACCAGUUCCAAGAUACCGAGGAAAAUGUGAAAUUGAUCCAGAUACAAAGAAGGACUUCUGCAAUGGGAAGAUUAUUGGAGCACAACAUUUUGCUCAAGCUGCGAUAGCUGCUGGGGCAUUUAAUCCGUCUAUUGACUUUGCUUCUCCCUUAGAUGGGGAUGGACAUGGAAGUCAUACAGCUGCUAUUGCAGCUGGAAAUAAUGGAAUUCCUGUGAGGAUGAAUGGGUAUGAAUUCGGGAAAGCAAGUGGAAUGGCUCCCCGUGCAAGGAUUGCUGUGUACAAGGCACUGUAUAGGCUUUUUGGAGGCUAUGUUGCUGAUGUAGUUGCUGCAAUUGAUCAGGCUGUGCAUGAUGGGGUGGAUAUACUGAGUCUGUCAGUUGGACCAAAUAGCCCUCCAGCAACUACUAAGACGACAUAUUUGAACCCUUUCGAUGCUACACUUCUUGGAGCUGUGAAAGCAGGUGUAUUUGUUGCGCAGGCUGCUGGAAAUGGUGGUCCUUUUCCUAAGACCUUGGUUUCAUAUAGUCCUUGGAUAGCUUCUGUGGCAGCUGCGGUUGAUGAUCGUAGAUAUAAGAACCAUCUGACCCUUGGAAAUGGAAAAAUGUUAGCUGGAAUUGGGCUGUCACCUUCCACACAUCCAAAUCAAACAUACAAAUUAGUUGCUGCCAAUGAUGUGCUGCUAGAUUCUUCAGUUAUGAAGUACAGCCCCACAGAUUGCCAGAAAGCAGAAGUCUUGAGCAAGAAAUUGGUGGAGGGGAAUAUUCUUCUUUGUGGCUAUUCUUUCAAUUUUGUUUCUGGUACUGCAUCAAUAAAGAAAGUCUCUGAAACAGCCAAGGCCCUUGGUGCUGUCGGAUUUGUUCUUUGUGUGGAAAAUGUUUCUCCUGGAACAAAAUUUGAUCCAGUUCCCGUUGGCAUCCCUGGGAUUCUUAUCACUGAUGUCAGCAACACAAAGGAACUUAUAGAUUAUUAUAAUACCUCUACACCAAGAGACUGGACAGGGCGCGUGAAGAGUUUCAAAGGUACAGGUAAUAUAGGGGAUGGUUUGGUGCCUACUCUUCAUAAAUCUGCUCCACAGGUGGCAUUGUUCUCUUCUCGGGGGCCAAAUAUAAAGGACUUCAGCUUCCAAGAGGCAGAUCUUCUCAAGCCAGAUAUAUUAGCUCCUGGUUCAUUGAUUUGGGCUGCUUGGUCUCCCAAUGGAACUGAUGAACCCAAUUAUGCAGGGGAUGGAUUCGCAAUGAUUUCUGGAACAAGCAUGGCCGCACCGCAUAUUGCUGGGAUAGCUGCUCUUAUAAAGCAGAAACAUCCUCAAUGGAGCCCCGCUGCUAUUAAGUCGUCCUUGAUGACAACAUCAUCCAUUCUAGACAGAGCAGGAAGGCCUCUUCUAGCACAGCAGAGUUCCGACACACAAGCUUUUAAGCUGGUCACGGCUACUCCUUUUGAUUAUGGGAGUGGACAUGUUAAUCCAAGAGCUGCCUUGGACCCUGGGCUCAUAUUUGAUGCAGGAUACGAAGAUUACUUGGGGUUCUUGUGCACCACACCCGGCAUUGAUGUUAACGAGGUAAAGAAGUACACACACACGCCAUGCAACAGUAGCAUGGGCCAACCAUCAAAUUUCAAUACUCCAUCAAUUACAGUUGCCCAUCUUGUGGGAACACGAACCGUCACUCGCACUGUCACAAAUGUCGCCGAGGAAGAAACCUAUGUUAUCACAGCCAGAAUGGGACCAGCCGUUGCCAUUGAAGUAAGCCCUCCAGCUAUGACUAUCAAACCAGGUUCGUCGCGAAAGUUCUCCGUCACGCUUACAGUUCGCUCAGUGACUGGAACCUAUAGUUUUGGGGAGAUUUUAAUGAAAGGUAGCAGAGGGCACAAGGUAAGGAUUCCUGUUCUGGCCAGUGGAUACCAACGUUAGCUUAGUUUGCUCAGAAGAGGGAAGUGAUGCUUGUAAUAUUCUUUGUAACUUGUUGAAAAUAAGGUAUGUGGCUAGGUUUAUAUAUAGUCCAAGAGAUAUAUGACAUGGAAUAGGGUGUAAAGGUAAGCUGGUGUGAGGGGAGAUUUCUUGUUUCUUCCACUUCUAAAGUUAUGCCAAUUGUGUCUUGUGAUUUGUUGGAAUGCUUGAAGAAAAGGGUUUAUUUAUGUAUCAAUCUCUUCCCCACUGCUGCUGCAGGUGCAU